AAAGUGCUGGGAUUACAGGCGUAAGCCACCAUUGCCCAGCCGGAUCAGUGUCUUUUUAGGAGGCCUUCUUGCAUCUCUAGUCAUCAGGCCAACCCAUGCACUGAUCAGCCCUGCCACCUGGGGGAGGCUCCAAAGAUGGAGCAGCUCCAGGGGGUGCCAAGGUUCAGGCAGGAGGAGGCAAAGAUCUCUGAGGACAAAGGGGUUUGGUCACAGUCCCUGAAGCUCUCAGGUGGUAGGGCUCCUGUGAGCAGACACAUCCCCUGUGCAUCUGUGCUUGUGUGCCUUUGUGGUUGGGGGUCCUUCCUGGAAGAGGCAGCUAGGGUGAGGGCCCCAGGCUGGCAAUAGGGUGGGGCCUGUCGUCAAGGAAGGGAACUCAGCCCUGGAGGCUUCUGUGAGAGCUCAAGCCACAGGAGCCACGAGAUAAGGGGAGUGUGCAUGCAGAACCCAGGUUCCAGGCCUUUCGUCAGGUCCCUUACUACUGACCUGGAUGAAGCCGUGGCUUCCACACGGAGGUAGGAGGUAUCCUGGUCAGCAGGUCAGCCAGAAGCUUUGGGAGGAAGCUCUAGUUCGGAGCUCCGCUGCCCUAGAAAUUACUUCAUUUCCUUCCAUGCAGAUCGUUGUGCUCUCUGACCGUCACCCCUGCCCGGCCCUGUGCAACAUGCAGCCCGCCGGCCUCGAGGGUCUCUGCACCUUUGGUCGGUGGCCUCUGCUGAGUCCGCUGGUCCUGUUCCUGCUGCUGCUGCUCCAGAUUGUAACCUGCGCCCACACCGCGCCGGGCACCCACAGAGCCCUCACUACGCUGGGCACCCCCAGAGCUCACACCACACUAGGCAGCUACGCUCCCUGGACUGCACUGGGUAGUCCCAGCACCCAGGGCCUGCGAGAGCAGGCACGGGCCCUGAUGCGGAACUUCCCGCUGGUGGACGGCCACAACGACCUGCCCCUGAUCCUGAGGCAGGUUUACCAGAAAGGCCUCCAGGAUAUUAACCUGCGCAAUUUCAGCUACGGCCAGACCAGCCUGGACAGGCUCAGAGAUGGCCUCGUGGGUGCCCAGUUCUGGUCGGCCUACGUGCCAUGCCAGACGCAGGACCGGGAUGCCCUGCGCCUCACCCUGGAGCAGAUUGACCUCAUUCACCGCAUGUGUGCCUCCUAUUCUGAGCUGGAGCUUGUGACCUCAGCUGAAGCUCUGAACAACACCCAGAAAUUGGCCUGCCUCAUCGGUGUGGAGGGCGGCCACUCACUGGACAAUAGCCUCUCCAUCUUACGUACCUUCUACAUGCUGGGAGUGCGCUACCUGACGCUCACCCACACCUGCAACACACCCUGGGCAGAGAGCUCAGCUAAGGGUGUCCACUCCUUCUACAACAACGUCAGCGGACUGACUGCCUUUGGUGAGAAAGUGGUGGCAGAAAUGAACCGCCUGGGCAUGAUGGUAGACUUGUCCCAUGUCUCAGACGCUGUGGCACGGCGGGCCCUGGAAGUGUCACAGGCACCUGUGAUCUUUUCCCACUCGGCUGCCCAGGGUGUGUGCAACAGUGCUCGGAAUGUUCCUGAUGACAUCCUGCAGCUUCUGAAGAAGAACGGUGGCAUUGUGAUGGUGUCCUUGUCCAUGGGAGUGAUACAGUGCAACCCAUCAGCCAAUGUGUCCACGGUGGCAGAUCACUUCGACCACAUCAAGGCAGUCAUCGGAUCCAAGUUCAUCGGGAUUGGCGGAGAUUAUGAUGGGGCUGGCAAAUUCCCUGAGGGGCUGGAGGACGUGUCCACAUACCCUAUCCUGAUAGAGGAGUUGCUGAGUCGUGGCUGGAGUGAGGAAGAGCUUCAGGGUGUCCUUCGAGGAAACCUGCUGCGGGUCUUCAGACAAGUGGAACAGGUACGGGAAGAAAACAAAGGGCGAAGCCCCUUGGAGGAUAUGUUCCCAGAUGAGCAGCUGAGCAGUUCCUGCCACUCCGACCUCUCACGUCUGCGUCAGAGACAGCAUCUGACUUCAGACCAGAAACUCACUGACAUUCCUAUACACUGGACACCCAAGUUACCACCCAAGUGGUCACUCUCAGAGUCCUCCCCACACAUGGCCCCAGUCCUCACAGUUGUGGCCACCUUCCCAGUCCUUAUUCUGUGGCUCUGAUGACCCAGUUAGUCCUGCCAGAUGUCACUGUAGCAAGCCACAGACACCCCACAAAGUUUCCCUGUUGUGCAGGUACAAACAUUUCCUGAAAAUAAAUGUUUUGGACACGGAACCAGA